AAAGAUUAUCUGUGUUGACAAAGAAAAGGUGAUCGGUGAGGCAGAUGGAAAUACGAAAAUCUGCACUGUUGUCACACUCUGCUGUUGGCUGCUUUCAAAGCAGGAUGCGAAAAUUGCAUCAUCCGAUCGGUAUACAGUCACCUGAUUUAUUAAGAUUGGUGUACCGUUAGUCCGGCGUCAAAACACUACAGACAACCCUUCGUCCCGUGCCCUGUGAGGGGCUUUCAGGAAGCAAAACACUGGCUCUGAGCCGCUGGGAUAUCUAGGACAAAGUUGGGAGGAGGGGCAAACUGAGGAAAAGUAGGCGGAAGAGAGGCGAGUCUUCGCCCUCAGAUCUAAUUCUGUAAUAUGACAACACGGCAAGUCAAACCAGUUGCAGCCAUUAAAAGUCAAGAUAUUCAUAUUUCUUGUGGAGGCUGUUAGACUGUCUGUGGGUGUCACCAGCUCCAGUCUUCCGUUGCCUCGAGGUGUGGUUUUUGGCACCACUGGCAGGUCGCAAAAUACGCUACACCCGCUUCAUAACAACGACAUCUAAUGACGUCUUCGACAAUAUCCACGUAUGUGUAUUUACUGGAACAAGGAGUUCAGAGCCGUUAUCUGCUAAACUUGGAGCAACAGAGCCAUUUUGAGUAUGCUCCCGAGGCUCGCAGCCUCCCUGCGGCGGCCCGCUGCUGUUCCCCUCGCGGCGGCUGUACGGUGCGUCUCCUCCGGCUCGGUGGACAUAACGGCCCCGCUAAACUUCUGGGCUGGAAAGAGAUGGAGGAGCCAAGAAAAAGGCAACAUGGAAAAUGUUUACGAACCUGCAACAGGAAGAGUCUUGUGCCAUUUGGAGCCGUGUGGUGCUGUGGAGGUCGAUCAGGCUGUGAAGGCAGCCAAGUCGGCCUUUGGCCAUUGGGGCAAAAUGUCUGGGAUGGAGAGGGCAAGGAUCAUGAUCGAAGCUGCCCAUAUCAUUGAGAGCAGGAGAGAGGAGAUAGCUGAAAUGGAGGUGGUAAACAAUGGGAAGUCCAUCACAGAAGCUCGUCUGGACGUGGACUCUGCCAGACUGUGUAUAGAGUACUAUGCAGGGCUGGCCAGCACUCUGGCAGGCCAGCAUAUCCAGUUGCCCGGGGGGUCCUUUGCUUACACCCGCAGAGAGCCUCUGGGAGUUUGUGUCGGCAUCGGUGCCUGGAAUUAUCCUUUCCAGAUAGCCGCGUGGAAGUCCGCCCCAGCCCUGGCCUGUGGAAACUCCAUGGUGUUCAAGCCAUCACCGGUGACGCCUGUGACAGCGGUCAUGCUGGCAGAGAUCUAUGCCGAAGCCGGAGCUCCGGACGGGCUGGUUAAUGUGGUGCAGGGCGGCCAGGAGACCGGCAGCUUACUCUGCCACCAUCCCGACGUCGCUAAGGUGUCCUUCACUGGCAGCGUGCCCACAGGCAAGAAGAUUAUGGAGAUGGCAUCCAAGGGGGUGAAACCUGUGACUCUGGAGCUUGGGGGGAAAUCUCCUCUGCUCAUCUUUCAGGACAGCGAUCUAGAGAACGCUGUGAGGGGAGCACUCAUGGCCAACUUCCUGUCCCAAGGCCAGGUCUGCAGCAACGGUACAAGGGUGUUUGUUCAGAAGGAUAUUCUGCCCGAGUUUGUGGAGGAGGUGGUGAGGAGGACACAGGCGAUCGAGAUAGGAGACCCACUACUGGAGAGCACCCGAAUGGGAGCACUGGUCAGCCAGCCACACCUGGAAAAAGUCCUGUCUUUUGUUGAUCAGGCAAAGAAAGAGGGAGCUACAGUGUUGUGUGGAGGCGAACGUUUUGUCCCAUCAGAUCCCAAACUCAAAGGUGGAUACUACAUGACUCCGUGUGUAUUGGGUGACUGCACAGAUGAGAUGACGUGUGUGAAGGAGGAGAUCUUCGGUCCUGUCAUGUCUGUGUUGUCUUUUGAAACAGAAGAGGAGGUGCUGCUAAGAGCCAACGACACUACCAUGGGUCUGGCUGCAGGAGUUUUCACCAGGGAUGUGAGGCGAGCCCAUCGUGUUGUUGAAAACCUCAAGGCUGGUUCCUGUUUCAUUAACAACUACAACAUCACUCCUGUGGAGGUGCCUUUCGGAGGGUUCAAGAUGUCAGGCAUCGGGCGGGAAAACGGUCAGGUGACACUUGAAUACUACUCUCAGCUGAAGACUGUGUUUGUGGAGAUGGGAGACGUGGACAGUCUCUUCUAAGACACGCUCAUGAAGAGGAGGUGGAGCUGUAACAGUGACCCAGAGACUGAAACAGAUGUUGUGGACCUGAACGACACUUUAGGGAAACGUCAUCAGAUGUUAAAGUGUGGAGGAACACUCUUCAAUAAGUCCUGAAAAUGAGCCAUUUCAAUACUCUCUGAAUUUGAGGUAAAUUCAUUUAAAUCAGAGGCAUAUAGCCAAGGAAAUGUGACAUUUGAUUCUGAAACACAUUUGAAUUAUCAUUAUCAUCUGUGCUGAACGGAUCAGAUUGUUGUCAGUGUUUACCAAACUUAGAGCAUCACUAUGACUCACAUAUUGUGAUAUACAUGAUUUGUUUGAUUGCUUCAUGUAUUCUGUAAUCCAUGUGCAGAAUAACAAUUUUACAGAGUUGUACUUAAGAACAAAAAUGUUACAAGACUAGCUUUAUUUCUUAAACAGUACACAUCAAUAUAUUUUUAUGUGCACAAAAUACUAAGAAAUCAAGCGCCUUGAACAAAGUUUAGAUUUAAAUCAUUUACAAUGUACAUCUCGUAUAGGCUUUUUGUACAGUGUUUAAAUAAGAACUGAUGGUAGCAUGUUGCCCUUUGGGUGGAGAUAAUCAUGAAAGGAACCUGUCUAACGCAUUUUCAUUUGUAAUAAAUUGUAACAUAAGAUUAAACAAUGUUUAACUUUGCAAUAAAAUGAAGAAAGGCUUCAUUUCUUCACAUUGCUGACAGA